AUGGACAAUUUUCCAAUAUCGCUUUUCAGUAGAGCGGUAACCAAGGUGUUUUCCUACACACAACCUACUGGAGUUUUGCUCACAUGGACCAAUCUUGCAAAAGCAAUUCGUCUUGCACUACGUACUUCUUAUUCUCAUGUUCCUGUUCCAAAUAACUUUGAUAUUUCUAAAGUCAGUUAUACUUCGUAUACUGGAUACUACUUGCCAUUUGCUAUUCUUGUAGCCUUGCUUAUUCUAUCUCUAAUUUUUACAACACUCACUGUAUGCUGUGAGUGCUGUUGCCUUACUUGCUGUCGACGAUAUGUUGUUCGCAGACGAAUUCAAGCCCCCAAUGCUGCUCGCCGUAUCUGCAAUAUUGCCAGUUUAGUGAUUCUCGUGAUUAUUAUCACUGGAGCAGCUAUUGGAACGUUUUAUGCCGUUGGAUUCUUUACUACAACACUCUCUACUUUUAAACAAACGUCAUUGGCCAGUCUUAAUGACACAAAUAACUUGGCUCUUACGAUUGUUCCAGUUAUUAAUCACGUUUUCUCGGAUCUUAAAGUCAUGGUGAACAGCAGUAUUGACAGUGUAGUAGCAUCUGUGCAUUUUGAUGUGCUCAACACAAGUGUUAUUCCUGCUCUAAUUGGCUUGGCAUCUGGAUUGGAGUCAACCCAAAACACUAUCACAGCUCUUUUGCUUAAUUCAACAGUAGUCGAUGGAACUCGAAACGCAUCCUUGUCAAUAUCAAACUCAAUUGUAACCACAUCAAUGAAUAUCUCGAAUCUCUCGACUAAUCUUAGCAGUACUGUCCAUCCAGUAAAUUCAUACAGCUGGAGUCUCUCCACGUCUGUUAAUAGCGGAAAUAUUAAUACUGCUGCUCAAAAUAUUUUAAGUGAUGCCUCUUCAAGCCCAAGCUCUGGAAGUGUUUUAAACUCGUUAAAUAAUGUCCCAAACUUGACCACUUAUGCAUUGGAUAUCCGAACAACUGCAAAUACAGUUCCAAAUAACGUUAUAAAUCUGGUUAAUCAAGGAUCAACAACAUUCAAAGGUGCUGCAGGUCCAGGUUUAGAAAAUGCACGCGCAAGCAUUGUAUCUUCCCUUGGCGGUACUGUAGAUGGUAUUUCUGCUCAAAUUCAAUGGAUAUCAACACUUUUGAGCGGAUCAAUGACAACUGUCACUAAAUACAAUGGAUAUGUAACAAUAGGACUAUAUGUUAUUCUCAGUAUCUACUUUCUGAUAUUUUUGAUCAUGUCUAUUGGAAUCUGCUGUAAAUCUCCUCGGACAAUGAAAGGAGCCAAUCUUGCUUUUACACCAUAUUAUGUUAUCUUGCAUAUUUUAGCUCUGGUAUUUGUAAUAGUUGCUGUUCCUUUGGGUGAUGUAUGCACGGUUAUGUAUGAUGGAAGUCCUCCAUAUAUUCAGCAAGUGAUGGCAGGUUCUCCUACUGCAGGAAUGAUCAAUGCAGCUCUUGUAGCUGUUCCACUGUGCUACCAAAAUCAAUCCUUUAUUGACGUAGCAGUCAAAGUGGGUUUACUCAAUGGAUCAAUGAUAAACGUAACUCAACAAGCUAGCGACAAGAUUAAUUCGUUUAAUUUUUCUGCCGUGACUUCAGGAUGGGAUAUUAGUUCUUCAGUAGACACCUCUAAUAACCCCACAUCCAAACUUACCAACGUCAAUUCAGUUGACCUAAGUGGCUUUAAUAUUACAUCUUUGGAUGAUGCACGACAAAGUUCAAUCCCUGCAUUGAAAAACAAUUUGGUUUUUCUAGAUAACGAAUUAGUUGGACUAUACAAUCAAGCAAGUAGUGCAACUACGGCCAGUGCCAUUGGAAGUUAUUUGACAUUUACUCCCUCAAGCCCUGCUCCAUCUGAUAGCCAAGCUGUUGCUUGCAACAAUGAUUUUCUUGUAAAAAUCAGUGAUAUUCGCUCGAAUAUUCAAAGAAUUGUUCAAACUACCGGGUAUUUGGAUAAUUUGAACACAAGUAUACUGUUGCUAGAAAAUCAGAUUGUUUCGCUUAAUAGUACCGCUACAACUUUGUUGGGCUUUACUCGCAGUCUCCCUCGACUCUACAAUUUAUCUAUUGACUCACUUCAAAAUUUUGCUGGAAAUGCAACAGCCAAUUUGACUAUUGCAAUUCCAUUAGUCAAAAACAACAUGAUCAGUUUUGCGGCUGCUGAGCAACAAUAUGUUACAAGCUCGUUUCCAUGUUACUCGGUUGCAGAAGCGUACUACUCUGUGCAGGAUGGAAUGUGCGGUGGUGUCUUAACGACAUUUGAUGCACUGUGGCUCACUUUUUCAAUUCUAGCAGUGGGUUCGUUUAUAUCUAUUCCGAUUGUGAUCUUGACUGCCAACUCGUUAUUUCCAGCUAAAACAGGCGGAUUGCGUGGGGGGUCGAAAAAAAUGGUGGAAGCACCAGCCCCUAAAGGAGUGGAACAAACUCGCGAAAUGGAGCAAUCUCCAUAUACAGCUGCACCACCCGAUCUGGGUGUGUUUAAACUAGAUGAAAGAAAUGAUAGAAUAUAUCCCAACCCUCAGAAUACAACUUUAUUACAGCCAAUUAGCUUGACUCCGUUCGAGUACAAUAGUUUGCACGAAGGUGAUCGCGAGCCAGCCAACAGUGACCCGCACAUUAUUGGGAUGAUAUCUCAGCCAAUGGCUAAUCUUGCCAUAUUGUUGAACCAGCCACGAGCGCGCAUACCCUCACAAGUAUACAGCGAAAAUCACCCUCAUCAUGCCUCACAGGCGUAUAGUAGGGAUCACUCUAGACAAGCAUCCAUAUCUUCCCCUUAUAUUGAGCGCCAAAAUUCUCAGAGAGCUGCUAGUAUAAACCAUCAAGGUCCUAUAAUGUCGUACGAUGUUGUUGAUGAGAUGUCUAUAGAAAGUGUUAUUCUUGUAUCAAUUCGAAAUGACCGAAAUUCUAAUGCCUAGUUUGGAUAACUAUAGAAUAAUUGAAACUGUCGAUGUAAUCAAUGUGAUUAUAAUUUCUGUCAAAACAGUAUUAAUACUGGUCUAUUAUAGUCGUAUUUGUGUAAAAUAGAACUUUUGUAUUUAUUUUACAACGGCUACCUCUAUUACCUUCAAGUGCUUUGAUCUGUAAAUAAAGCUCUGUACACAC